UCGCUCGCGUCAAUUGAACAGGCGAUGCACUGGUCCCGACGGCCAAGAAGCAUUGACAGCUUGGUGUAGACUGACCACUUAUAUGGUCGAACGCCCCACGUGCUUCAGGCAACGUGCUCAAUGAUCAGGAUAAGCGAUAUGGACGAAAACAGAUUUCCUAGAACGGUGAAGUGCAGCAAAAUAAUGUCCCCUUGCAUGAACGUUCCUCUUUGGCUGGAGAUCAGAUGCAAAAUGUAUGAAUAUGAAAGUGAAAUCACCCCAAUUUGCGAACAUGCAGAAAAGUUUGCUUGCAGAGCGGAGCGCACCUGAAAUCGUCCAGAGAUCCGCGGAGUUACUUUGUUGUAUAAAGUACUUGAUGCUACUGCGUGUCGAGACUAGAAAAUGUGGCGAGCAGGUGUACAUGACAGUACUUCCAUUACUCGAGCCUGCAAACGAUGUAGUUCACCACUCCAUGUCAAUAGAUAGUGAGACGCUUGAGACCCUAGGCGGCGCAUCAGCCCGCGUCGUGAUAAGUUUACCAGUCCGGUGGAUCAGGGUUCGUGCACAACCCAUGGAUACCCUCAAGAAUCAGGAGUCAGGAGUAAGGGCGCCGAACGUGGGGGUCAUUGGUGGGAUCCCUUCAUUGCUAACCCCUUAUGAAGCCAAUUCAUGUACCAUGCUGCCCGAAGGCAGAACUCCCAGGUCUCUGUACUGCGAGAAGUCUAUUCGUAGGUUGACAAGGGUUCGUUUAUGGUUUUGCUAGCCGCCGUUACUGAUGACUUCCGAGCAUCAUGUGAAAAUUUAAGUUCUCCAAACCCAGCAGAAGGAGAUCUUUGUUGAAAGUGUUUAUUUCAAGACAGCUGGGACGCAUCAGUUAUCUAGCUCAAUUACAAAAAAUUGCUCGCAGCUGACCUUUUGCCUUUGCCGGCCAUAUUUGGCGCC